AUGAUAUUUUCAACUUUAGAGCAUAUAUUAACUCAUAUUUCCUUUUCUAUUGUUUCAAUUGUGAUUACAAUUCAUUUGAUAACCUUAUUGGGCAAUGAAAUCAUAAAACCAUAUGAUUCGUCAGAAAAGGGGAUGCUAGCUACUUUUUUAUGUCUAACAGGAUUAUUAAUAACUCGUUGGAUUUAUUCGGGCCAUUUCCCACUAAGUGAUUUAUAUGAAUCAUUAAUUUUUCUUUCAUGGAGUUUCUCCCUUAUUCAUAUAGUGCCCUAUUUUAAAAAACGAAAAAAUUAUUUAACCACAAUAACUGCCUCAAGUACUAUUUUUACCCAAGGCUUUGCUACGUCGGGUCUUUUAAAUGAAAUACAUAAACCCACAAUAUUAAUACCCGCUCUACAAUCGGAGUGGUUAAUAAUGCACGUAAGUAUGAUGAUAUUGAGCUAUGCAGCUCUUCUUUGUGGAUCAUUAUUAUCAGUAGCACUUCUUGUCAUUACAUUUAGAAAGAUUUUUUAUAGUUCUAAAAGUAAUAAUUUAUUAAAAUUAAAUCAAUCUUUUUCAUUUGGUGAAAUCCAAUACAAUAAUGAAAGAAACAAUAUUUUAAAAAAAACCUCUUUUUUUUAUGCUAAGAAUUAUUACAAGGCCCAAUUGAUUCAACAAUUAGAUUAUUGGAGUUAUCGUGUGAUUAGCCUAGGAUUUAUCUUUUUAACCAUAGGGAUUCUUUCAGGAGCAGUAUGGGCCAAUGAAGCAUGGGGAUCAUAUUGGAGUUGGGAUCCAAAGGAAACUUGGGCUUUUAUUACGUGGAUCGUAUUCGCAAUUUAUUUGCAUACUCGAACAAAUAAAAAUUUGCAGGGGACAAAUUCCGCAAUUGUGGCGACUCUAGGCUUUCUUAUAAUUUGGAUAUGCUAUUUUGGGGUCAAUCUAUUAGGAAUCGGGCUACAUAGUUAUGGUUCAUUUACGUUAACCUCUAGUUAA